AUGCGAGAUCUCCCACCAUCCUGGUGCCUGGCAAGUAUAUUGAGUAUCUCGACGCAAUUCGCUGCUGACUUCCAGGAAGGCAAGCCUCCUCUAUGGAUGCCCCUUCAGCAAUCACAACCUCUCAACGAAGACGGCGAUGUCUACUUCCGUGAUCCCAACUCGGCGAAGUUUCCUAACUAUCCGACCGAGCCAGCCGUUCGCGCGCUGUUUGAUACCGAUCCAGCCUUCCCUACUGGGGAAGUAGAUGUAUUUGCGUGUGGCAGUACGAUGGGUAACCUCCUUCGUUUCGCUCUUUCGGUCGAUAAGCCUUUUCGGUUCAGUGUUGAACUCGUCGGCUCUACUGUAUUUUUAGUUCGCAAAGAAGACGAUCCCCGAGAGACGAUCGAAGGCGUCCAUGGUUUCGGUAAUACUUUCCCCGAAGCGUAUACCACUUGGGAGAAGGAGGUGGAAGGUUCAGAGACACACCAACGCAUGUGCCGAUACGAUCUUGGGCGCUUCAAUUGUGUGAUUCGAUUCGAAUGCGAUGGCUACCUUCCUACUGGCUCGGAGAAAAUCGCGAGCUCAACAGUUGAAACGAAGUCAAGCAACAUUGACGAUCUUCUUAAUAACCUCAAGAACGUCAUUGUGGGUCAAGGAACAACUUACGAUGUUAACCUAUUGUCUCUUAAGCAAGGAGGCACAGUUAUCCCGCAGCACAACAUCUUCGACCUGAAGACUCGAUCAGCUCGGUCCAGAAAAUUCAUUGACAUGGACGAAAUUUACCCCCAGCUUUGGAUCAAGCAAAUUCCGAACUUUAUCGUUGCAUACCAUGACGGUGCUGGAACCUUCCCUACAUCAGAUAUACAUGUCCAGAAUGUCAGCUACAACAUCCAAGCCUGGGAGCGGCAGAACCAAGCUGGCAUCCAGCGCCUCCUGGUUCUCCUUGACAAGAUCGUCGACCUGGCGAGGCAGGAUGGCGCAGGCCUCCUGGAAGUGCAUUGCCCAUCGGUCGAUCGCUUGGAGGUUCGCAGGCAGUAUGGACAAGGCGUACAUGCUUUGCCAUCUGAACUAAGAGCAAAAUGGAAAGCUUUGAAGGAGGCUCAGCUUGUUCAGACUACGAGCAUGACGACAAGGAUCAAGGUGGGCUGA